AUGGUAUUCACCGGGAAGCCAUCUCGAGCCUGCGUGCAUUGCAGACGGAGGAAACUCCGCUGUGAUCUUCGCAAGAAUGCCUGUGGUCAAUGUGUGAGAGCCGGGCUAUCGUGCUCGGGCUACCGCGACCCCGACCAAUUGAGAAUCCGAGAUGAGAGCCAGUCCAUCAUGCGCAAGGCUCGAGGUCUGCCAUCAACACCAAUGACAACGAGUAUUGACACCCCGCUCGUCGACAGAGCGCGGGCGGCUUUCUUCUCUCACUACGUCCUGGGGUUUUCCAAAACCUAUGAUGUCCUGGAACGGAUAGGUCGACAAGCCCCGUUAGACCAGCACCUGGCGGCCAGUGUCGACGCGGUGAGCUUGGCAUUCUUUUCUUUUCAAUACGAUGCUGAAGGCGCGGCGUUUAAGCCCGCGCGGGAAAUGUAUUUGUCUGCUCUUCCGCUAGUCAAAAGCGCCGUGGCUACUACAGAGGUUCUGGCAUCCGACUCAACUUUACUGGCAGUCCUUCUGCUCGACCUCUUUGAAAAGAUCACCAAUCGCAGUCCCAUCUCAUCGGAAUCAUGGAUGAGCCACGUCAAGGGCGCUUUAGCACUUGUGAAGCUGCGCCACCUGCAGCAGCUAGAAACUUACACUGGUCUACGGCUAUCAGUGAGGCUGUUCACCAAUAUGCUCAUCAGCUGCGUCGCCGGCAACUUCCCAAUUCCGCCUGCCUUGGUCAAACUGCGCUCUGAUAUUCAACCACAUCUCAACGCGAAAGAUCCUAAAUGGCAGGUUUCUGGCCUGGUGAUGAAGUAUGCCAACUUUCGCGGAGCAGUAAAGGAAGGCCUGAUUGCACCCUCUGAUAUCAUAACGCAGGCAAAGAGGUUGGACGGCGAGUUUCGCUCACUUGCAACGGACAUGCCACCGACUUGGGUCUCCCACAGAAUUACGGUCCUGCCGGGCUCGCCUGACGUCUUGGAACAGUACUACGACGUCUACCCAGACUAUUUCACCGCGCAGACCUACAAUGUUAUCCGCAUCAUGCGAAUCAUGCUGAACAACCUCAUUCGGACAACAUAUCUUAGCAUGAUCCCAGAAAACACUGGCUUUCACCCCAACGAGUUGAACGUGGCCUUCGCGACCCAUAUAAUCGACACCAUGGCCAAAGAGAUCUGCGCCACCGGGCCCCAAUUCACGCAGAAGCCCACCUACUCUUCGCCAUUUCGAAAAUGUCACCGCUACACACUUCUCUUUCCCUUCUACGUGGCCGCCGUGUUCGCCAGUCCCGAGACGAAGGUGCGGGACUGGGUGGUCCAGCAGUUGAAAAGCAUUUCGAGAAAUUCUGCGACGAGAAAUGCGAGCGUGGUGGCCGAAAUACUGGAGAAGAGACAAGAUCCAGACCCCUGGUCCGUCUAUGCGAUUCUCGGGAGCUACGCGUUCGCAGCAUAG